AUUCAGGAAGUUCCGGCAGCUGACGUGGACGCAGCAGUGACGUAUGGAACGCCACGCUCUCGUAGCGUUGCAAAACUAUUUUACAUUUCACUAGUGACUAAAUAGUCGCUUUGAAAGAGACUAGGGAGUAGGGAAUGAGUGAACGAUUUCGAACAUACAAUUGCUUUUGUUUUGCGUGGCGGACAGGGGCAUCGUUGUGAAAAGGAGCUGGCAACCGUGGUCCGAGCCCACCUGGAAAGCCGGCAACCGGCCGGCCGGCCGGCGAGCGAGCGAGAGGGAGGGAGGAAGGAAGGAAGGAAGCAAGAUGGUGGACGUCACGACCGCAGCGUGCUUCAAACUUCACCCCAAACUCUUUGACAAAUGCUCAUUGUGCCAACCCGGGAUUACGUAUAGAAUACCCGGCGACAAACAUAGAUAAUACACCGAUAACAACCGUGAAGCUCGCCCGUGGACAAGAUUACAUUACCGGGUGGAAGUGAGCGUUGAGUUGGGGCGGUUGUUUGUUGCUGGCCGCCACUCAAAACAUCGGCCAACUCGUCAGGGCGGCGAUUUAGUGGUUUUAAUUCGAAAUAGUCUCCAGGCCGACUGUAGAGCUGAGAGGAGCUUUUUUUUUUGUUUGUUUGUUUUUUUUUAAAUUAAAAGCAGGCUAACGUUAGCUUAGCCUCGCCUAGCUUAAGCCAGGUGGCCGCUGGAAGCUGCUCGCCAUGCCGCGAAGUAAAAAAGGGAAACGUGGCUCCACUAAAGCGGUAUCUCUUCGUCAGGAGUUUCUCCAGCUGCAGUUGACGGCUAAAGGUGUGAAAAAUGGAGCGAAGGCGGAGUCGGGAGCCAGCGACGACGAGCUGACGUCGGACGUUCUCAGCCACUACAGCAGUGCCAGUGAAGGCACCUCCGUCCUAGAGGAGGGCACAGGAGGGGAGCAGGUGGACGAGCAGACUGCCCAAGAAGAAACGGAAGAUAAACUCAAGCAGUGCAUCGACAACCUCACGGACAAGAGUGCAAAGACUCGACUCGCGGCCCUUGAGUCCUUGCGAUUGGCCUUCUCGUCCAAGUUGUUGUACGACUUCCUCACAGAGAGACGCUUCACGGUCAGCGACUGCUUGGAGAGAAGCUUGAAAAAAGGCAGCGGAGAGGAGCGGGCUGCGGCCGCCACCGUCUUCGCCCUGCUCUGCAUUCAGCUGGGGGGAGGGGACGAGGCGGCGGAGGGCUUCAACAUACUGCGCCCCAUCCUCACCACCAUCCUGAUCGACAACACUGCCGGCAUGAUUGCGCGUCAAAGUUGUGCCAGAGCUCUGGGGCUGUGUUGCUAUGUGUCUGCUGCUGAAGACGGAGAGGACUUGAUCAAGUCCUUGUCCCUGCUGGAGAGCGUGUUCAUGUCUUCCUACCCCAACAGAGAGGGAACGCUGCCCACCCCCAAACCUGGCGGCCCGGGGCUCCACAGCGCCGCCAUGCAGGCCUGGUCCCUACUGGUCACCCUCUGCCCCGCAUCCAAACUCUCUGUCCUGCUGCACAUCCACCUCCCCGAGCUCCAAGCUUGUCUGCAAAGUAGUGACGUCAACUACCGGAUCACCGUGGGAGAAACCAUUGCCCUGCUGGUCGAGCUGGGACGCGAGAUCGAUGAGGACUUUGAGUUGGAGGACGGCGAAAGUUUGUGUGAAAGUCUGAAGAGUUUAGCAACAGACAGCCACAAACAUCGCGCCAAGAACGACAGGAGGAAACAGCGCUCCGUCUUCAGAGAGGUUCUGCACUACAUUGAGAACGAGGACUUCACAGAAGAGAAGAUCAGGUUCGGCGUGGAGAGCGUGUACAUCGACAGCUGGAUGAGGCGAAGAAUUUACGACGCCUUUAAAGAGGUCCUCGAGUCCGGGGUCAGCCGCCAUCUGCAGUUGAACCCGCUUCUGAGAGACAUCAUCGGCCUCGGCCCUCCCGUCGUCCUCGACGCCGCCGUCAAAGCCGACAAGAUCUCGCGAUUUGAGAAGCAUCUUUUCAACUCGGCCGCCUUCAAGGCCAGGACGAAGCAGAGGAACAAAGUCCGGGACAAACGGGCCGACGUCAUGUGAGGGCAGAAAAAAAUGCCGCACCAAUCGACCGCCGUCCAGCGGAUCUCGCGUACGCUCGGUGAAUUAAUGACCGUUUUCCUUGUGAACACAUCUUCCAGAUUCGAGAUGGCUGACGCUCAAGUUCUGGUUGCCCUUUAUAGGAAAAAUAUAUUUUGCCUACUUAUGAUACAGAGGAAUCAUUUUUGAAUGAUUCUUUAAUAUUCAUGUUAAACUGUUAGUCAAAUCACAGAGUUUAACUGGAAUGUAAAAUGCGAUGUGCCUCAGAAUAGGAGGCUUUCUUCAUUCUGUUAAUUCCAAAAGCAUUUACGGGGCAUCUCGAAAGUGUUCACAAUGCUUGACUUUUUCCAUAGUUGAUGUUACAGCCUUAUUCCAAAAUGGAACAAAUUCUUUUGUUCUUAAAUUCUGCACACAGCCCCCCAAAUGUAUGAUUCUUUUUUAAAGAAAGGAUCACAUUUACAUUGAUACUUGAUGCAUCUUUGGCAAAAAUGAGCGCCUCACCUCGGCACACCGAUCUCCUGCAGAACAUUUCAAACUCCAAGUUGGAUGGCGAGCGUCGUUUUCAGAUCCGGCUAGAAAUCCAUCGCUGGUCCACUCGAGGCCAUCCACAGAGUGGUCCUCCAUUUUUUUUAAAAAAAACAAAACAAAAAAAAACCCAACCUUUUUCACAUUGUCAUGAUAGGGUGUUGUGUGUAGAAUUUUGACGGUGGGGGGGAUUACAAACACCCCCCAAAAAAUCUAUUUUCGAAUAAGACUGUGAUGUAACAACUGAAGCACAGUGAAAACCGUAUGUUUCGCGGAAGGCCGUUUCCAUCGAAGCAAUUGUGUUUUGUGCUUUUUAUGACCCGAUUGGUGCUAAUGACGAUGCGAACCUGUGACGGAAACAAGCAACAUUGCAACCCUUUGAAAAGUGCGCGUGUGGUGUUUGUACGCUUGGAGUUUGAAUCCACACUGUCUGUAUAUGCCUAACGAAAUUUAAACCAAGUGAUUGUCA